UCGCGUUGCUGCUACUUUCUGGUUGAACUCAUAACACCGGAGUCUGUGCCCCAGGAGGCGCAAAGUUGAGGUCAUUUCAAUCCGCCGUUUUAUUUCUCAGCAAAGGAGAGCGAAGCGGACCGAGCUGACGGAAGACUGUAAUGGUGUUUCUAACGCUGCCCUGCUGGAUCCGCAGCCGUGGACCCGACAGGUUCUGGAAAGUCCAGGAACUGCUUAAACAUGCGCGGCACUUCAAAGGGAGGAGGAACCGCUGCUACAAGCUGGCGGUGCUGGCUGUCAGGAGGGCUUUCGUUUACUCCACUAAAGCUCGGAAGUUCAAGAAGCGCAACAUGAGGACGCUGUGGAUCACACGCAUUGCAGCAGCAACACGAGAGCACGGCAUGAAGUAUCCUGCCCUCAUACACAACCUCACCAAGUGCAGCGUCCAGCUCAACCGUCGAGUAAUGAGCGACCUGGCCGUCACGGAGCCUCGGACCUUCCAGUCGCUGGCCAAGCUGGCCCGAGCUCGGCAACAGGAAGGUUUCCGGGCGGCGCUGGGAGACGGCACCGAGCCUCCCGGUGUCCUCUCCAGAGUUAUGCUGCAGUAAAAGGGACUCACUGCAAUCGAGGAUCCGAGGAGCAGCGCUCCUGCCUCGACUGUGUUGUUCAGAGACAUCCACUUCACUGUUGUCGUCAUGUCAAUGUACUUAAAGGGUAAAAUAUUCUGAAAAAUUGUAUUCAUCGGGGAGCUAGAAGCCAGAGUCCUGGUGUGUGUAAGAUGUCUCACUUGUUGAUGAGCGGUCUGCAGUCACGCAGGAAGCUCUGCUGUGAUGGGACACC